CUAGCAUACGCUGAGUGGCGCCAGUUUGCCUGCAAGAGUGGAAUGGAGUGGAAUACAUACAUACAUGAUGUACAACAUCGGUGGCUUAUCAUGGUAAAGUGUUUUUGACCAAUUUUUAUAGAGUUUAGCCCAGACUUUCCACGUAUCAAAAUGCACAGACAUGGGAAUACCGAUAUUAAAAGUCGAGAGGACCCACCAGCUGAAUUGGAAAGUCAAUUCAUCCUACGCAUGCCUUUGGAACCUUCUAGAAUACUGCGUGAAGCCCUACGCAGUGGACUACCAUUGAAAGACCGCUUGAAUGUCAAAUUAGAGAAUGAUAUGCGAUAUGGAGAGGUCAGGUUUGAUCACUGGCUUCUCCAUGCUAAGGUUGUAGAUAUACCGACAGUUGUCGAGUCCUUGAAAACCAUCGACAAUAAAAGUUUUUAUAAAACCGCUGAUAUCUGUCAGAUGGUAAUUUGUAAAGAAGAAGCGGAUCAACCAACUACCGAUGAAGAAUCUCCUGUAAGACAAAAAAAAAAGGAUCCAAAUAAAGUUGACAAGAAAUUUCUAUGGCCUCACGGGAUCACACCACCAGCUAAGAAUGUCAGGCGUCGACGGUUCAGAAAAACUUUGAAGAAAAAGUAUGUGGAGGCCCCAGAAAUUGAAAAAGAAGUUAAAAGACUAUUGAGAGUCGAUAACGAAGCUGUAAAUGUCAAGUGGGAGGUGAUUUGCGAAGAUGAUGAUCAAACUAAACCCAAUAAAGUAUCCUCAUCUGGCACUGUCAAGACCAAACGAGAAAAUAUUGACGGAAGUACUUCGCAAAGUGUUGAUGUUGCGGAGCAUGAUAUCUUUGGAGAAGCUGUUAGUGACAGUGAGGAUGAUGAGGAGGAAGCGAAUAUUAAUAUAAUGGAGUUGGAUGAGAAUAGUAGAUUGUCUGCCGACAGCAGAGUAUCGGAUUCUAAUUCCAUGCAGGUACGAUACUCUGAAAGAUCCAGGCAUCAAGCCUCCACUAGUAGUGGACUCGUCACGCAAUUUAGUAAGGAUAUGUUCCAUGAUAACGAAGAUGGUGAUAAAUCCAUAGUUGAUGUUACCAAAGUACCAAAGGAAGAGACUUUCCAUUCCGAAUAUAUGAUUCCGGAUGAUUUUUCUCAAUCUCAACCCAUGGCUCUUACUAAUGAUUCAAUCCAAGCGCGCAUAGAUACGCUCUAUUCUGAACUAGCUGAUUUGAAGCAACGAAGGCACCAACAGGAAUUGGAAAUAGCCAAUAUUGAAAAUUAUACAUUGAGACAACGUUUCCAAGACAUUCUUGAAAACCUUCUUACUCAACAGGUUCAAAAAGAACAGGAGUUACAAGAUUUACAAAGUAUGCUGCAACAGUAAGAAGAAUAGUCUAAGCUGUAAACUAUUCUGGAUGAAGUAACUAGACUACAAAACUUUGUAAAUCGAUAAUCAACUAAAUUAAUUUUAUUCCAUGGAUUUUGAUGCAAUAAAGAUUAAAUUCACUCACA